CGCGAGCGUGCGCGUCCCCGCCGUCUCAGCCGGUUCUGCUCCCGCACCCUCCGCCGCCGCCGCCGCCGCCGGGAUCCCCAGGCUGAGGAGCGCGUCGGCCGGCUGCCUAGCAGCCCGCGGAGCGGGAGCGGAGCCGCGGAGCCGCGGACCGGCGGGCGGACAGAUUAGCCUAACAUGGCAGACCAGAGACAGCGCUCACUCUCUACCUCUGGGGAAUCACUGUACCAUGUGCUUGGGCUGGACAAAAAUGCAACCUCAGAUGACAUUAAGAAGUCCUAUCGGAAACUUGCCUUGAAAUAUCACCCAGAUAAGAACCCCGAUAACCCAGAGGCUGCCGACAAGUUUAAGGAGAUCAACAACGCCCACGCCAUCUUGACGGACGCCACAAAAAGAAAUAUCUACGACAAGUACGGCUCGCUGGGGCUCUAUGUGGCUGAGCAGUUCGGGGAGGAGAACGUGAACACCUACUUUGUGCUGUCCAGUUGGUGGGCUAAGGCCCUGUUUGUCUUUUGCGGUCUUCUCACCUGCUGCUACUGCUGCUGCUGUCUGUGCUGCUGCUUCAACUGCUGCUGUGGGAAGUGCAAGCCUAAGGCGCCUGAGGGUGAGGAGACUGAGUUCUACGUGUCUCCCGAGGACCUGGAGGCACAGCUGCAGUCUGAUGAGAGGGAGGCCACAGACACACCAGUCGUCAUACAGCCCGCGUCCGCCACAGAGACCACCCAGCUCACAGCUGACUCUCACCCCAGCUACCACACCGAUGGGUUCAAUUAAGUUCAAGAGAAGCUGUGAUCAAAGGCUAAAUCAGCACCCGGCCACUUCAACCUUAGAAUCAUGAACUGUAGUCACAGAGAUGGGGAGGCAGCAGCCCACCUGCCGUGGCCAUGCUGGGGGCCCUACCCCUCCUCUAUGCCCGCCCGUCCAUCGAUCCUUGAUACAUGAAGUGCGUAGCAUGCAGUAUUUAAAGCAGUGUAGCUACGGUCUUCUUCUGUUUUUUUCCUUUUUUUAUAGCAUGUAGGGGUUUAUGUUCCAUGUCUGUGUUGUGGACGUGCCGCGGCAUGGCCGCAUUAACCGGAUGGUGGAGCUGCCUCAGGGCUCUCAGUCGGGUUGGUCCAGUGAGGGUUGACUGCAGCCACCAGGUGCCGCCCGGCCAGGUGGGCUAGGCAAGGAGGGGGCUGCCCCUUCCCUCCCUUUACCCUCGGGGGCCUGAGGCAGGUGCUGCAUUGCAGAACUGCACCACCAUGUUGGCUGAGGUGUCUGGAGACGGGGUCUGGUCUGCUCUUUGUGCUCCCCAGCUUCCAGGCCGCAGGUAGGACUCUGAUCUCAUGUCCUCCUGGACCCCACCAGCGUUAUAGUCAUUUCCAUGGUGUUCGUGUUGGGUACAGUUUGCACAGGAUCUCUACACCUUGUUUACUUGGUCUCGUGGCAGAGUUUUUCCUGUUGGUAAAUUUGUAUUGGCAAGUGUAGGAGGAUCACCUUCUGAGAUUGAAACCACAUUCUCUGCUCAGUGUUUCUCGCCUGGGUCACGUGGAGUGUAAGAUUCCUGUCUUUGGAGGUGUGUCCCUUGCCAUUGUGGGAGAGGCCAUUUGUCUACGUUCCUGUACCUUUCCCAGGCUGCCAGCUGGAUUGAUGGGGCCACGGUUUCUCUUCUCCCUUUCCCUGGGUUAUCCUACACCUCUCUUCAAGCACACCUGUCUUUUUUGUAAUUCUUCUUGGACCUUUAAAAACCACAAAUGGUAGCACCAGCCCAAUUAAUCAUAGAGGGGCUGCAAGUCUAGCUUGUGGGUGGCACGUGGCUGGCUGUGCCCCGGGAAGCAUGUGAGUGUGCACCCACACCUGGUACUGGACAGCCCCCAGAACCCUCUCCCUGUGCUGCUGGAGCUCAUUCUGCCCACUUUCCUCUACCUUUGCCCAUCAUCGAUGAUUCAAGCGUAGAUAGAGACAUUAGGUUCCUGAAGGAAGGAUUGGCUGGACAAAGGUACUGUCUGGCCUCAGGAGGUUGGGUUCCAGAGAGGCCACAGUGAUGCUCUCAGCUUGUCAGCCAGCACCUGGACCACAGAAUCCCUUUGUGACCCAUUGGAAGUUAGUCUCUCCUGUCUGUGUCCCACAUCUAUGGACGGUGCCCUGGGUGGGGGAGCUGAGGAAAUGUGGGUGUGAUGGCCAAGGGUUCAGAGCUGCCUCACACCCCCCGCACCUGCCCCUGGCCCAGUGGUGCAGACUCUGGGACCUGGUUUCUCAGAACUUUCCCUAGUGGCGGCUGCUCAGCAUCUUCUGAAUUUCCAGUAGAGACGAGGAAUGAGGAAGGGCAACAUGAGUACAGACCUGGAUGUGCUUAGGAGAGUGAUGCUAGUCAUCAGGCUGCCCUGGGGCAGGUCCUGCAUGGGCCCCAGCUGGAUGCCAACACUAGGGCCUGGGGCAGUUCUGUUUGUCCCAUCUUACUUUGUUUUUUGUUCAUUAAAAUGAUCAUGAAGAUGAUAACACCAAGGUCAAGCGUUUGGAUCCCUGAACCAGCCAACACACACACACACACACAUGCACGCAUGCACGCGCGCGCGAGAUCAUGAAGACAUUCAGCAAUAGGAGAGAGAAUGUGCACUAUGAUAUUAAAUUAGAAAUAACUUGUUAAAGGACCUCUCCUGAAAGGAUGAGAGAUUCAUUGUUUGAGCCAGCCUGGGACAAGCGAGGUGGGAAGAUGGUAGGGUAGGGCUCUUCCAUGCCAACCCAGCCCAGCAAGGAUGAAGAACUCAGUCAGAGGUGCCGCAGGCACCAGGCAUGGCUGGCUGCUGCGAUUUUUCUGGGGAUAACUUAGGGGGUGAGCUGUUUUUCCCCAGUAUGGCCAAGAACUAGGUUCAAGGCUUGGAUCUGAGGUAGAAAGCCUCCCAUCUGGGGGCCCGCUGUCAGGUCUAUGGGGGACAGUCCUGGCACGCAGCGCUGUGGCUGGGAGACUCCAAUGCCCUUUCACAUGUGUCAGAGUGAGCCCCUUGCCAGGUGGCUUUUCAGUCACAGAAUCUGACCACUUCUUAGAAACUUGAAGCUCCCCAGGAUGGUGGUGUGGAAUGGGAAAAAGCAGCUGGUCUGGAAAUGUGUUGGACCCAGUUUCUUGUAGAAUUUGUAGAAACUAUAUACAUCAUGACAAUGACAGUUUUCAAGGUGGUGAUGGUGAUUGCCCAAGGUCCCCAGUACCCCACGACACCCAGUCAGGGCCCAGAGCUCCUCCGCUGCCUGACCCCGAGGUAAAACUCCCUCUUUGUGCUUCACCCUAUUGGUUUCAAGGCCCUGUCUUGAUUUCAAGGAAAAAGAUCUCUUGAGUUUUAUUUCCCUUUUUUUGAGUGGACUAUUUGCUUUCCUUUUAAUAAGCAGAGCUGGUUAGUUCUGGGAGGCAGCCUGAGCCCCUUCCUGUCCAAGUGCUAAGGCAGGACGGCUCCCACAUUCCCACAGCACCCCUGGUGGCAGUAACAGGAGCACCUCAGCCACUUACUCAGGGGGUGAGCCUGGUUGUCAUCACAGAAAGUACUGUUGGAUGGCACUGCUGGUGUAUCGCAGGGCAGUGCUAGGGUGAGUGUGUGUCCAAGCCCCCUUCCCCGUCCCAUGAGGAGCACCCACUGCUCUAGGUGCAGGCCGCACUGACUGCUCUCGAGCUGAGGAAGUGUGAGAGAGAGACUUGCAGUGCCACUUCAUGGAGGCUGCUGCGUGCUGACUUCUGUUUCCACUCGGUGACGUGAUCGUCUUGUCUCCCUUUUGGCUUCAUUCUUUUUUUAAACUGCUUUAGAUAUUACUGCUCAAUGUUUGUGAACUUUCCCAGUUCUCUGAUGUUCAUUUAAUGCAGAAAGCUCCCAGUGGGGACCUAUUAGUGAAAGAAACCGGAGCUCACGCUGUAGUUAGCAGGAAGUUUCAUCUCCAUGUCGGCUGCUGGACUUGGCCACAAGGCUCAAGUCCAGGAAAAGUCUUGCAGAAUGAAACGGUCAGACUCUUCUGAUGUUCUGCCCUAGAAUUCUGCCAGUGGUGGUGCCCGUUGUCCUGCUGAGCCCGUGGUAGUCUGUUCCAGGUGAUCCUCAUGCCGGUGCAUCCAACAGCACAGCUGGUGGCCUGGGAAGAGGCCCAGCACCUGGCAGGUUGGGCCCUGGCAUGUAGGCUGUCACUGGAGGGUCCAGGGGCUAUGGACAGAGCUCAGGGUGGAUGCUGUCCUUCCUCUCUGGCUCUUGGCACAUCCUGCUAUGUAUGGGGACAGCUUGUAAGGGGCAUAAAAAAGUGACUGGUCUCAUUCCUUCCCAGUAUUCCAAACUGUGAGCCCAUGUGGUACAGGAUUGGCCUGUUUCUGUUAUUUUGGUUGUGACUCAUUCUCCUGUGGAAUUGGCAAAAGCUACAUUUUUACUGUCCGUACAAGCACGGUUUGUGUCCUCACAUGCUGUGAGUGUGGGCUGUGAUGUGUGUCCGUGUGUACAUAUGUGUAUAUGUAUAUACCAUGCAACAGGUGUGUCACAUUGAUGCCCAGUGGGGAAGCUACAAGUACAAUAAAAGUUGGCUCCAGAA